AUGUUCUCCACAGAGAGCACACAUCAGCACAUUGUGUAUCCAGAAAGCCUCCAUGCCAUUGUCACCUGCAAAGGAGGUAUAUUUCCCAUUCAAAUCUUAAGGAAUCCGGAUGCAGAGGGUGCAGUCACCGCCUUGCCCCUUCUUGAUAUCUACACCCAGCUAGCUCAUGUGAUGAGCCUACCAGCUGCACAAGCUACGCAGGAUCCAUCCACGGUCUGCGGAUUAUCUGUUCUCCAUCGCCGAACUUGGCAUGCCAUCAGAAAGGAGAUACUGAAGGGUGGCGGUGAGGCAGCAGAAUCGCUUGAAGUGAUAGAGAGUGCCAUUCUGGCUCUUUCACUGGAAGACUGCCCUGCACCAACCAAUCUGGCUGAUAUUCUUAAUGCUGUCCAUUUGGGAGGGGCUGACGGACAGUGCCUGAGGUACUAUGACAAGGUGGUAAACAUGGUGGUGUUCAAAGACAGCAUCGCUGGCAUGGUGUUUGAACACAGUGCCCUGGAUGGCAUGGUGGCUGGCCUUUCUCGUAAACUCAUAACAGCCUUGGAAUCCUGCCUUGGGCCAGACAAUGUUCCCCGAUACACCAAGGAGCUCUUCCACCACUUCCACCUGGCAUUCCUGGAGCACAAAAAUCUUAUCAAAACGACAAAAAGUGGUCAUGGUGUAGGGCCUCAUUUAGGUGUCUUACGCAGGAGUAUGUCUGAAGACAACCCACUCAAGAAAUAUCUGGAUCUUUUUGGAUGCCCAUCCAUCAACCUCACUGGCUCAGAUCUAAUGGAAGGUACAGAGUGUGCUGUGGGCAAUGUGUAUGCUACUAAUCAGCUAGCUGUCACCUACCUGGGAAAGAAGGACAAGGUCCGUCUAGUGCUGAACGGAAAAGGUACCUUUGCCAGCAUCUUAGGAAAACUUGCAAAGUGUUUUGAACUAAACCUUAAGCUGGUGAUGGUUCUAGCAGUAAGGUAUGCAAUUGCAGGGCAGAUGGGAGCCAUUGAGUGCCUCUUGCAAAAAGAGGAACGAUCAAUCAAUAGCACUACAGUGGACACCAACGUUGUAGAUCCAAAAGAAGGAAUGAAAGUCAAGCAAAAAGGAUGCUUGGAUUCUGCACCUGCAGAAAAGUCAUCUUUCACCUUAGUCAUUCAUGGUGGAGCUGGGGAGGAAAUGAUGCUGAGCCACAAGGUGGCUGAGGUCAUUGAAUUUGCCCUUGAAACAGCACUAACUCUGGGAGCACAAGUGCUCAGCCAUGGAGGCAGCAGUCUGGAUGCUGUACAGAGAAGUGUGUCUGCCUUAGAAGACUGUUUCUUAUUCAAUGCAGGAAAGGGAUCUGUAUACAACCGAAGUGGUGAACAUGAGAUGGAGGCCACAAUUGUUGAUGGACAUGAAAAGAAUUCUGGAUCAGUAGCUUGCGUGCGUUGUGUGAAAAACCCAGUCAAAGCAGCCCGCCAUGUGAUGGAAAAAAGUGUACACUCAUUACUGACAGGAGAUGGAGCUGAGGAGUUUCUAGAGACUCUCCAGGAAAGAGAAAAACCAAUGACACCAGAGUACUUUCACACUGAUGUCAGAUACAAGGAGCUCGCUGUGAAACUAAGCGGCUAUGAAACUAACCAUCCUCAAACUGUUGGUGCAGUUGCUCUGGAUUGCUGUGGCAAACUAGCAGCAGCCACAUCAACUGGGGGGUUAGUAGGCAAGUGGAAAGGAAGAGUUGGUGACACAGCAAUUGUUGGAGCUGGAAUAUAUGCUGACAAAAAGCUUGCUGUGACAUGCUCGGGAGAUGGCGAUGCAUUCUUACGUGAAACAGUUGCUCAUAAAGUGGCUAGUCUAUACAAUCUCAAAGGCUACACUCUAGCACAGGCCUGUCGAGAAGUGAUUUAUGAGGAUUUAGGGGCAAAAUGUGCUGGAAUCAUUGCAGUUGACCAUAAAGGUGAAACUGCAGUCGAAACUAAUGCUGGAGUGAUGUUUGUUGCUUCCAUGGUUGAUGGGGUUGCUCGAGCUGAAGUCUAUAGACCUGUUAUGAGCUUUGCAAAUGUGAUCUGGGAAACCGAUGAAUUAAUAGCGCACUUGCAUCCUGAACCCUGGACUCCAGGAACCACAAUUCUCACUCGAAAGACUUUAAAUGGACCAAAUAGCAUCUUUCAGUUACCGAUGCCUGAUUAUAUGGCAAUGUUACUUGGGGCACAAACAGUUGCUAAUUUGCUUUCUGAGAAACUUGGUGUGCACCGCUGUGCCCUCGUGUCCAUGCCCACAGCAGGCAAACCUGCUCAUAUUAAAAUCUUGCCUAUGCAUGGAGUAGAACCCAACUGGAAACCUCAUCUUGCUGAGGAUAAGGAAUUCUACAUACAUGAUCCUGGUUACUGCAGUUCCAAGAGUGGCCCACGCUGUGAGGAUGCAUCCCUCGACCAGGAGAGGAGCAACAGUGGCGUGUGUGGGAAGACAAUGACCAUGUAG